AUGAAGCCGGCAUUACCAGUAUCCGCUGAAGCGCUUUCUUUCGUUCAAACUUUCAACUUAGCGAAUUCUAAUAUGUUGCUGGGCUUUGUCACCAGCCCGUGGUGUGGCACAAAUACUCGCUGGCAAGGCUUUGGACUGCACAAGAGAGCUUGCAGGGCCUCGUCAGCGCACUGCGUUCAGCGGCGUACCGCAAAGCGCGCUCACUGGCGCUGCGUCGAUGCGGCUCCGGUCUCUGAGCGUCCUGAUCAAGAGUCAUCACAACCAAUUUCACAGAUUAUUCGGUUCUAUCGUUAUCUAGGUUUGGAUCCGUUGGCGAUGAGCGCAGCCAAAGUGGCUUACCGUCAGGCCGCGACGUAUAUGGGGCUUUUGCCCGAGCCGAUUCCCUCCUUCAGCGUUGAACGAGAGGAUUGCUUCUAUGUUCUCUGGGAUACGAAGGCAGGCGAUAUCACAGAGACCGAGUUGGGUGCCUUGCGCUGGCUACUCUCCGAGACCUUUGAGCCGGAGCGCUUCCGAGAGGGUGUACCCUUCUUGAACCAACGCGUACUCGAGUUUGGUCCGCGUCUCAACUUCCAGACAGCGUGGUCGUCGAAUGCAGUGAGUAUUUGCCAGGCGUGCGGCCUCAGGAACGUGCGAAGAAUUGAGCGAAGCCGUCGUUAUUUUCUAGAGCCAGAAGUACCAUCCAAUGCACUCGCUGGGGAAGCGCACCAAAUCCUCUCGAGCACGCACUUCCAAGACGCGUUAUUCGAACGCCUCCACGAUCGUAUGACCGAGCAGCUCUAUAAGGAGCCUCUUCGCUCUCUGGACACACACAUGAAACCCGCGGACGUGUAUCGCAUUCCGCUGCUGCAAGAAGGCGAAGGCGCCUUGCGACGUGCCAGCGAGGAACUCGGUCUCAGCUUCGAUGACUGGGACAUCCACUACUACGCCCAGAUGUUUCGUGAGCUUGGACGGGAUCCAACGAAUGUAGAGCUUUACGACAUUGCCCAGUCCAACUCGGAGCAUUCACGACACUGGCUCUUCCGCGGGAUCGUGGUGAUCGACGGCCACGAAAUGCCGUAUUCGCUCAUGGACUUGGUACGGGAGCCGCUGCGUCGACAUCCCGGCAACUCGGUAUUGGCCUUUUGCGAUAAUGCCUCGACCAUAAGAGGCCUCGGUCCGGUGCCCGUCCUGAUACCGUCCAGACCCGAUGCACCAUCACCCUAUCUUCUACACGACAUGGAUUACGAUGCCUUGAUGACGGCGGAAACACACAACUUUCCGUCGGGGGUUGCGCCUUUCGCUGGUGCCGAAACAGGAGCCGGAGGUCGCAUUCGUGAUACCGCUGCCACUGGGAGAGGCUCCCUGGUUAUAGCAGGAACAGCAGGGUACAGCGUGGGAAACCUCCAGAUUCCAGGUUAUCCGUUGCCUUGGGAAGACGGCUCGUUUGCGUACCCCGAGAACCUGGAAUCGCCACUGAACAUCUGUAUCCAGGCGAGCAACGGAGCCAGCGACUAUGGCAACAAGUUCGGCGAGCCGCUCAUCCAAGGUUUCUGUCGUUCGUUUGGCCUACGGGUACUGUCCCAGAACCAGCGACGGGAAUACGUCAAACCGAUCAUGUUUAGCGGUGGUGUCGGUAUGAUGGAUCACCAGCACGCCCACAAACAAGCACCAGAGUGCGGCAUGCUUGUGGUGAAAGUCGGAGGCCCUGCGUAUCGGAUCGGCUUGGGAGGUGGCGCUGCCUCCUCGAUGCUCCAAGGCGAGAAUCAGUCGCACUUGGAUUUCGAUGCCGUCCAACGUGGUGAUGCAGAAAUGGAGCAACGAACGUAUCGAGUGCUGCGGGCGUGCGUGGAACUCGGACCCAACAACCCGAUUGUGAGUUUGCACGAUCAAGGUGCCGGUGGUAACUGUAAUGUUGUCAAGGAGCUGAUCUACCCGCUGGGGGCUCGCAUCGAUGUCCGACGCGUGAUUCUCGGGGAUCAGUCGUUGUCGGUGUUGGAAAUAUGGGUUGCGGAAUAUCAAGAGCAGUUCGGUUUGUUGCUACGCCCAUCAUCGCUUCCCUGUUUUGAGAAGCUCUGCGAGCGAGAGAACGUGCCCCUAGCGGUGCUCGGCGAGAUAGACGGCAGUGGGCGCAUCACGCUCUACGACAGUCUUCGAGACGAAGUAGUGGUCGACCUGGACCUCGAACGCGUUCUCGGCAAGUUGCCUCGCAAAGUGUUUCGCGACUCGCGAGCGUCACGUACCCGCCCGACUCCUCUGGCUCUGCCGUUUCUCAACGCAUCGACACUACGGACGGAGUCGCCAGCGGAACUUUUGCGCAUACUCGAUCGGAUGCUGCGUCUCGUGUCGGUCGGGAGCAAGCGAUUCCUAACCACCAAAGUGGAUCGAUCCGUGACCGGUCUGAUUGCUCGACAACAAACUGUGGGUCCAGUGCAGCUGCCGCUCGCGGACGUUGCCGUCGUCGCACAGAGUCACUUCAGCACCUACGGAACUGCGAUCGCUAUCGGGGAGCAAUGUGUGAAAGCGCUCAUCUCACCGGCAGCGAUGGCUCGAAUGGCGGUUGCGGAGAUGCUCACCAAUAUGGCUGGAGCGCGGAUCAGCGCUUUUACGGAUAUCAAGUGCGAAGGCAACUGGAUGGCCGCGGGCAAGCUACCCGGCGAGCUCGUUGAUAUGUACGAAGCAGCCGAAGCGCUCAGCGACACGCUCACAACACUCGGUAUCGGCAUCGAUGGUGGCAAGGAUAGCGUCAGCAUGGCUGCACGGUGCCCGGGCGAGCGUGAUCCCGUCCGGGCACCUUUAACGCUCGUCCUCAGCGGCUAUGCGCCUGUUCCGGAUGUGAUGCAGGUCUUGACGCCGGACCUCAAACGUCCCGGUGAAAGCGUCAUCAUUCUGAUUGAUCCGAGUCGCGGUGCACGUCGUCUCGGUGGAAGUGCGCUGGCCCAGGUGUAUGGGCAGGUCGGUGACUCUUGCCCGGAUCUUGAUGAUCCUGUGCUGCUGCGUCAAGCCUUUGAGGCUGUGCAGAUGCUCCAGGAUCGCCAGCAGGUGCUUGCGUAUCAUGAUCGUUCCGAUGGUGGCUUGUUGGUUGCGCUUCUGGAAAUGGCGUUUGCCGGCAACUGCGGCCUUGACCUGCUGGUGGAUGCCCAGGACGUUGGCGAGCUUUUCGCCGAAGAGGUUGGGAUGCUGGUGGAGAUCGCCGCCUCCGAUGCGCCCUCGGUGCUGGAGUGGCUACGCUCCCUGGACUCGCGAAGGCCGCUCCCGUGUCGACUGGUUGCCCGAACCCGUCGCGACACGCAGCUGCAUUUUCGUGCAGGUGCUGCUGCUGCUGCUGCUGCUGCACUAGAGCGUCAGCCGUUGCUGGAUCUGGAAGUACGCUUCGCUGCGCACUUGUCCGCGGAUAUGCGCGACUUGCGGGCGCUCUGGGAGGAAACGUCCUUCCAACUGGAGGCGCUGCAAGCGAACCCCAUUUGCGUGGAGGCCGAACGUCAGGCCUGUUACGAUCGCCGGGGCCUCACAUACGUCGUCCCGUAUACAACCGAGCCAACGAAUCUGCAAAACUAUCCACGUACACAGCUCUCACCGCCACGAGUAAUGAUUUUGCGUGAGGAGGGCUCCAAUGGCGAUCGUGAGAUGGCAGCAGCGUUUCAGCUGGCGGGCUUCGAGGUGCACGACGCCACCAUGCGCGACAUUCUUGCUCGUCGCGUUACUCUCGAUGCUUUUCAGGGUAUUGCGUUUGUAGGUGGCUUCAGUUUCGCGGAUGUCCUCGGUUCAGCGAAAGGCUGGGCGGGUGUCAUUCGUUUGCGUUCUGAGGUGGCUGCGCAGUUCGAGCGCUUUCGGCAUCGACCGGAUACGUUUUCGCUCGGCGUUUGCAACGGUUGUCAGCUGAUGGCGCUGCUCGGCUGGGUACCGGGGCGUUUCGUACGAAACGAGUCGGAACGAUUUGAGUCACGCUUCAGCUUGGUACGUAUUAAUCCGGAUCAUCCAUCCAUCAUGUUACGAGGUAUGGAGAACGCAGUUCUUGGUGUAUGGGUCUCGCAUGGCGAAGGUCGGGCAAUCUUCCCGGCUGGUGAUCGACCGUCCGUUAUCCCCAUGCAAUAUGCGGACGAUCUUGGUCGUGCGGUCUCAGUUACCGACAAGAAUCGUGGCUACCCGUUCUGUCCGAAUGGGAGUGUGGAAGCCGUCGCGGCGGUUGUGAGUGCCGACGGGCGGCACCUGGCCAUGAUGCCGCAUCCGGAACGGACCAUACAUCUAUGGAACUGGGCGCAUCUGCCGGAGGAUUAUCGUCGUAAGUGGAAGGUAUCGCCGUGGUUGCGUCUUUUCCAGAACGCGCGACAAUGGUGCGAGGAGCUUGCCAGCUGA